AAUAUCAACGAAGAGUGUCAUCUUCUUCCCGGUCUCUCUCUGCAACUCAAGCCGAACUUGUCAUUUUCUUCAAAAUAUUUCAUUGUUCUUCUUCAUCUCUCUCUAAUAAUAACACUCAGUAGUAUUACCCCCCACCGAGAUCCGCCCCUGCAGAGUCCCAUUCAGUAGGGUUUCUCUAAUCCCAUUCAUUAGGGUUUUAAAUCCAAAACAGAUCCUGAAUCAGUACACACACACAAAAUUGAAACUAAAGAACGAUGAUGAGAGUUUCGGUGACAAAGAACCGUCUUCUUCCUUUAAUGACACCUCUGUUCGGGCCUAUGUGGAUUGCUAUGGCAGAUACCUAAGAUAUCAAUGAUGGUGAUGCAAUCUGUGUAAAGGUGUAUGCUUUCACAUAUUUCAAACAAUUUCCUUGGAAGGAGCCAUUUAGACAUCAGACAUGGGGAUUGCGUCUCAUAACCGAAUCGUACUCUCAAGCAUUUGAAAGUGAAAAGAGCACCUGAAUUUAUUAAAUAAAAGGGCAUAACUUUCAGCAGCAACACAACUUCAUUCACCAAUCACCAGUUUUGCAGCACCACAAGGUGUUGUGGGAGCCAUGAAUAAGGAGAACAUAAUCAGUUACUUGAAAAUGUGCUCGAAUUCGACACAACUAGAGUGUAUUUACGCCUGCAUUGUCAAGAACAGCUACAAUCAAGAUUGUUUCAUGAUUAACCAGUUUGUGUCAGCUUGUUCCAUCUUUAACAAGAUGGAUUAUGGUAUUCGAGCCUUUACGCAGAUGGAUCAUCCGAAUGUAUUUGUGUAUAAUGCUGUGAUCCGAGCGUGUGUUUGUUGUUCUUCCCCGGUUCUAGCUCUUCGGUUUUAUUCCAAAAUGUUAAGUGCUCAAGUUCUUCCCACUAGCUAUACUUUUUCGUCGGUUAUUAAAGGUUGUGCUUUAGUUGCACAUUCAAGAAUCGGUGAAGCGGUUAACGGGCAUAUAUGGAAGUUUGGGUUCAAAUCUCACGUGUUUGUUCAGACAGCGUUGAUCGAUUUUUAUUCGAGUGUGGGGAGGAUCUUUGACGCACGCCAGGUGUUUGAUGAAAUGACAGAGAGGGAUGUCUUUGCCUGGACUUCAAUGGUUUCGGUUCAUGCACGGGCUGGAGACUUAGUUUCUGCGAAGAAACUGUUUGAUGAAAUGCCUGAAAGAAACUUUGCUUCAUGGAACUCUUUGAUCGACGGAUACGCUAGAAUAAAAGAUGUCGAGUCUGCAGAGGUUUUGUUCAGCAAGAUGCCUCAGAAAGACUUGAUUUCAUGGACGACUAUGAUAAACUGCUACUCUCAAAACAAACUAUACCAACAUGCGUUAGCAACGUUUAAUGAUAUGACAGCACACGGUAUCAUUCCCGAUGAAGUAACCAUGGCUACCGCUAUCUCAGCCUGUGCUCACCUCGGGGCACUCGACAUAGGCAAAAAGAUACAUCGUUAUAUACAAAAUAAUAGUUUAAAACUCGAUGUUUAUAUCGGGUCGUCACUGAUUGAUAUGUAUGCAAAGUGUGGCAGCUUAGAUCAAUCUCUUGCAGUAUUUUAUAAACUACCUGAAAAAAAUCUUUUUUGUUGGAACUCGGUAAUCGAAGGGCUUGCGGUGCAUGGUUACGCGAACGAAGCAUUAAAAAUGUUUAAUCAUAUGGUGAAAGAUGGUAUAAAACCAAACGGGGUUUCUUUUAUCAGCGUCUUGAGCGCGUGUACGCACGCGGGCUUGGUCAAAGAGGGUCAAAGGUGUUUUCUGAGCAUGAUUCAUGAUUUUCAUAUUCUUCCGGAAAUCGAACAUUAUGGAUGUAUGGUUGAUUUGUUAUGCAAGGCGGGUUUACUAGAAGACGCACUGCAAGUGAUAGAAGAAAUGAGAAUGGAACCGAAUGCGGUUAUUUGGGGUGCGAUAUUGGGUGGAUGUAAACUUCAGAAGAAUCUAGAAAUUGCUAAGAUUGCUGUUGAUAAGUUGAUGAUUUUGGAACCGGAUAACAGUGGAUAUUAUACGCUUUUAGUUAAUAUGUUUGCCGAAGCAAACAGAUGGAGUGAGGUAGCUAGAAUACGAUCCACUAUGAAAGAUCUUUGUGUGGAAAAAAAGAGCCCGGGAUCAAGUUGGAUCGAGAUAAAUGGGAAAAUUCAUCGGUUUUCAGCUUCGGAUAAGUAUCAUGAAUCUUGUGAGGAAAUAUACUUCCUGUUGAAUAGACUAUAUGGAAAGCCGGUUCUUUAUUUAAGUGUACCAGAGCUUAUUUUUUGCUUUUAAAGAUUUGCUCUUUUUAGCCGUAGAUGUGAUUUAAAGGAAAAAUGUGCAUAUUUUUUGACAAUUCCUUCGGUCAUGCGCUAAUGGCCUGUUUUGACCUGAACCCAGUUUUAACUGAACCCGUUUUGACA